UGCAAUAGAAAUUGGCUUAUCGUCCAUGAUCAUCUGUGAUCUGAUCUGAGAACACGUAUCUAAAUGUCGAUAUCAGUCUCAUAAUGUCUGUUUCAAAUAUAUCGCGCUCCAUGACAUUUCUCUACUGUAAAAAUUCUUUCAGAUAACUUGGCUUUUUCCAUCUCAGUAUGGCUUUGUGAGGACUAGAACAGAAAUGGCUGCCCGACAUGGGCAUCCAUCAUCUCAGGCUUGUGUAGCUGGCAUCCAGCAUCACCUUGAUAACUGUGCAGCAUUUUGAUGAAGAAAUUCUGACGCAUGGACUCAAGUUCCAUGUAAAAGUGCUUAAUUUAUUUUACCCUUUUUUUCUUUUUAUUUCUUGAGUCCUUAAGUGCUUUGUAUAAAGUGCUAUAUACAUUAUAUUCUUGUUAUUAAUUUUUAGAUUAUUUAUUUCUGACUUUGAAAUUGAUUUCUCAUGCAUAUAAGUGUUUAACUCACAAACUGAGAAAAAUGCCAGUAACUUUUGACCCUGAGUGUGGCCCAAAGUGCCGUUCUAAGAACCAUGCCUAUGAACUGGUGUCCGCCAUUACAAAGGGAAACUUGGCAGAGGUCCAAGCUUUUGCUAAAUUGUGUCACGCGGCUGGACACCACAAUGACAUGUUUGGAAGAUCCGCCCUCCACAUGGCGGCUUCAUGUGGAAAAGUGGAGAUAGUAGAAUGGCUGAUCGAGGAGAAGGGUGGAGAUUUGACCUUGAAGGACGCAGAGUCAGGGUGGACGGCCCUACACAGGGCCAUGUUUUACGGACAGCUGGCCACAGUCCGACUUCUUGUUCAGUACAACAGUGACCUGUAUACGCGAGAUCACCUUGGACUGAGUCCGCUGGACCUGGCCAUGAAGGACCGACCCCCUUACGUCUCGUACGACAAAGCAGACCUCUGCGAUGUUUAUACCUGGGGAGACAAUAUUAACCUGACCCUGGGUCACGGCAAGGAACAGAGGCGGGGUCAUCCCGAGGUCAUUGACGAGUUCAGGAAGAAGGCAAUCCAGGUGAAAGAGGUGGUGCUCUGUAAGUAUCACUCCGUGUUCCUGACGGUGGACGGACAGGUGUACACGUGUGGACACGGUCAGGGAGGAAGACUGGGGCACGGGGACGAACAGACCUACACGGUGCCCAAGUUGGUGGAGACCCUGAGAGACCAAGUCUGUGUACAGGUGGUGGCCUCAAGGGACCACACUGUGUUUCUCAUGAAGGAUGGAUUGGUGUUCUCGUGCGGACUCAAUGACAGCCAUCAGCUGGGACAGGGCGGCACCUCCCCCAAAUCCCUCACCCCCAGACAGGUGACCAGUAAAAAUUUAAAGGGAAAGCUCAUUAAAGGUGUAUGUGUGGGAAGAUUUCACACAGUGCUGUACACAAGUGAUGCAGUGUACACAUGUGGCCUCAAUGCAGGACAAUUAGGUCAUCCUAAAGGAGCAGAGAAGCAGACACAGCUCAGACAGGUGUCUAACCUGAACCACCCAGAGAUCAAUAUCGUCAUCGUGUCAUGCUCCGACGCAGCCACCGUGUGUCUGACGACGCGCGGCGAUAUCUAUGUCCUGCACGAGUACCAGUGCAGGAAAAUCGCCUCCAAGUGGCAGGAUAUUCAAGAAAUCUACGUCUCGGGAGGAAACUUGGAUCACAUGUCAGAUCUCGAGGUUCUACGAGAGAAAGGAGGGGAGGAACUACGCAUCGUGCUUCUCAACUCAACUGGAAAGGUUUUUGUCUGGCAUGCCGCAAGUCCCAGUCUGAAGCGGUGUCGGUGGGUGAUCCGGCGACAGUUAACAGUGACACAUGUCGCCCUCAGUACACACAAUGUUGCCAUAGUAACAGACAGUGGAGAGGCCUUUGUGGGGAACUUUGUAGCGAAGAAAUCACGCAAAGAGAGUACGCAGACAUCGAAAGAGCAAGAGUCGGAUGAUUUUGAGUUACGGUUAAUUGAUCUCCUGCUGAAGGACGAAGCUGAUGAUGUCAUGCUCCGGCGACUUCCUGAGAUCCAUCGAGGGACGAGGAUUUUCAUGGACCCCAAGGGACACAACUUUUGUGCUCUUCAGUCACUUCCUAAUUCUUGUUUAACUGAUGUGCCAAGCGUAAGCCAAUCAGAAAUAGCAUCACAUUUCCAGCAGCUCCAAGAAGAGGCGGAUGAGUAUGACAUGAUUCACGAUAUUAUUCUGAAAGUAAAAAAUCGCAGCUGGGCAGCCCACAAAUUUAUUCUGCUGAGUCGUAGUGACCUUUUCUACAAGCUCAUAGCUGAUGUUAAGAGGAAAUCAUCAGAUGACAAGACAACCCUUGAAAUCCCAGACGUGAACCCAGAAAUUUUCCAUCAAAUGUUGACCUACAUUUACACUGACUCAUGUGACCUGCUCCAAGUCGGCUCUGCAUUUGACUUCAAGUCAGUUUUAACAGAGAAGGACUGUAAUGAAAAUGACUUUGAUGGUGAUUUGAAAGGUUCUUUUAGAGGGAAGUCAGCAUAUGAAGUGACCCAGAAAAAGAAAGGAAAGGAGAAGAAAAAUGCGAAAACUGCCAGUGAGAGAGAUCCGAUCAGGUUACUACAGGACAUUGGAAAGAAGUUUGGAGUGAAAGGCUUGGCUAAAAGGUUGGAUGGUAUACAGUUUGUGAACGGUCGAAUCGAGGGAAAAUCCAAACAACAGACACGCCCCCCUCUACGGUUUGACAGAUCCAAGUUAUCGGACCUGUAUGACAUCACGAUUCAAGCUGAGGACGGGAUGGAGGUGUGCUGCCAUAAGUGUGUGCUGGUGGCCCGACUCGAGUACUUCCACAGCAUGCUCAGCUCAGGAUGGGUAGAGACGAGUUCCACUCAAGCCCUGACUCUGCCUGUACCGGGGGACUGUCUCCAGAUCCUCGUUGACUUCCUGUACUCUGAUGAAGCCCCAGGGGUCACAGGGAGCAGGAAUAUAGAGCUCAUCUGUAAUGUGUUGGUAAUGGCUGACCAGCUCUUGGUGUCUAGACUCGUCGAGAUCUGUGAGGUCACCCUGAGUCAACUCGUAACAAUGAAGAACGUUGGGGAGCUAUUGGAAUUGUCCACUCUGUACAACGCCCAGCAGUUACAGGCGCUCUGUCAGCAGUACGUGCUGAUCAACCUCCCCGCCAUCACAGAGGGAAGGUAUUUGGACAUGGUGAGCGAGGAUGUGAUGGAAGAUCUGACUCGAUAUUACCACAGGAAGGUUCCCUGUAUGAGUCGACGAGUCAUUACCCCAUUUUCAGAUGGUCCCUCGAAGUCUUUCUUAGAGGAACUGACAGAGGACACAUCACAGAUAAACGACAGUCUGACUGGAGAAUCUGCGACGCGAAAGUCCAAAACCAGACGUCGUCGCAGCCGGAAGAGUGUGUCGGAAGAUGAUGGAAGGAGAGAGAGAAAGACGGACAGGCAAAUCUCCAUCAGCUCCGAAAAAAGUCUGCUGUCUGAUGAGGAAGAAGAGAAUUCCUUGGCAGACAGUGCUCUACAUACAAAAAAAUUAGAAAUAACUGUCCCAGUGUCUAUUCCUUCAUCCAAAGAGAGCCAUGCAGCAGAUUUCUCCCAAGGAUCCUGGACAGCGGCACCAAAAAGUCCAGUUCUCUCACCUGGAAGCUUUCUAGGAAAUCAAUUUGCUUCCUCUCCCCCAGGAUUGAGUCUUCGGGAAAUUAUGGAGGAAGAAAAGUCUAGUCAACAACCGCGAGUGCAGUUAAGAAACAAAAAGUUUUCAUGGAAGGAUGCUAAACGGCAGCAAAAUCAGGAGAAAAAGUCGCAGAGUAAGAUCAGAGAGGGGGGCCUUGACACUGGCACUGACUCCUCGGGGAAUCCCUCGCAGCCUGUGUCACUGUCCGCUCCGACGAAACCUGCAUGGGGUGGGAUCAAUCAGUCGGUGACCUCCUUCAGAGACCUUAUAACAGAGGACCGCAAUCAGAGCUCUCACCCCGGAGCAAAGGCCCAACCCACCCUGACAACGCCCCAGAAACCAAGCAAGCACCUGUUCAGUUGGGGUCUACGUCAGACGUCCGGCUCCCAGAAGGUCACCAGACAGCGGUCUGUGGAGGAUUCCCCUGUGACCAGCCCCCAGACUGUGGACAACCCCUGGAGUAGGGCCCCCAGUGUCCAGUCCCCCACCCCCGCCACCGUCAGCUUCUCAGACAUCGUACAGGACGAGAUACAGAAACACGAGAGUCUGGCCCAGGUCACCAGUAAACCGCUGGCCCUCAUACAGAUAGAGGAGCUGGCCAUGCAGGAGUUAUUACGCCACUACAAAGGGGGAGAUAACCCUGAGGAGCACAUAACAGUGGAGAGGGUCCCACGCAAAAUGGCCACCCCGCUGUGGACUUCCAAGUCCAAGUCUGCCACGCUCCAGUGAUUGUUAAACUCAGACCCCCUGUGGACCUCCCAGACUUAAUCUGCUACGCUCCAGCAAUUAUUUCAUGAAAAAUUCUACCAGAGAACAGUUUUUUUGUUCUGUGAAAAAAAAAUUCCUGACUGUAUAAAAAUACAGUUUCUACAUUGUUCAGUAAAUAAUCCAUGGGUGAAAGGAAAACAAAGUUUUUGCUUAAUUUUAAAAGAACAUUAAGCCUGUUUUAGAAUGCAGUAAUAAAUGUUAUAAAACCCAUCA